GGCAUACUUGGUCUCUACACAAUCGAAUGUUCAGAAUUAUAUUAAAGAACACAUUUAUAACAUUAUUCCUUAUCAAUAUGGAACUCAUUUUGUCUGAUCAGAACUAGGCUCUUUCAUAUGCAAACUGUGUGUGAAACUGACGUCAGUGGGAUUUUCCACUUCAAACGGGUCUGACAACAUCUGCGAAAACAAAAGUGAACUUGGAAACCUGUGUCCAGUGACGUUCAGAUCAAAGUGCGUGCGCAGUGCACGAGACGCUUCAGUGACUUCCUCACUACCUUGAAAGUAAACAUCCUUUAACAUUAGGAUGUGUUCAGUGGACUGUUCAGAUGAUGUCAUGGACUCCACAAAGGAUCUCAGUGGACAGACAGACACAGGGAAGGUCAAGAGGCAACUGCAUAUGAAGAGAUCAGACUCACCGGAGUCCAGCUGUGUGUCUAUGAAGAGUGACCGGUCUAUGGAUGAGCCAUUAAAGUUUAAGGCUGAAGACACAUCAACUGGUCUGAGUCAACUCCAUAUGAAGAGAUCAGACUCACCGGAGCCCAGCUGUGUGUCCAUGAAGAGUGACCAGUCUGUGGAUGAGCCAUUAAAAUUGAAGGGUGAAGACACAUCAACUGGUCUGAGUCACUCACAACAUGUUGAAGCCCAAAGCACAUUCAAAUCACUCCUGAAUGAGAUCUACACAGAGCUGUACAUCACAGAGAGUGAAAGAGGAGAGAUCAAUAAUGAACAUGAGGUGAGACAGAUUGAGAAACAGUCCAGAAGAGCAGCAACAGAGGACACACCAAUCAAAUGCAAUGACAUCUUCAAACCUUUACCUGGACAAGACAAACCCAUCAGAUCUGUGCUGACUAAAGGAGUCGCUGGAAUUGGAAAAACAGUCUCUGUGCAGAAGUUCAUUCUAGACUGGGCUGAAGGGAAAGCUAAUCAGGAUGUCCACCUCAUAUUUCCACUUCCUUUCAGAGGACUCAAUUUGAUUAAGGGCAAAGAACUCAGUCUUUCAGAUCUUCUUCAGGAUUUCUUCACUGAAACAAAAGAAAUGGACCUAUCCAGCAGUGAAUAUAAAGUUUUCUUCAUCUUUGACGGUUUGGAUAAGUGUCGUCUGUCUCUGGAUUUUCAGAGCAAUGUGAGAUUGUGUGACGUCACUGAAUCAGCCUCAGUGGAUGUGCUGCUGACAAACCUCAUCAAGGGGAAUCUGCUUCCAUCUUCUCUCAUCUGGAUCACCUCCAGACCAGCAGCAGCUGAUCUCAUCCCCUCUGAGUGUGUUGAUCGAGUGACAGAGGUACGAGGAUUCAAUGACCCACAGAAGGAGGAAUACUUCAGGAAGAGAAUCAGAGAUCAGAGUCUGGCCAACAGAAUCAUCACACACCUGAAGUCAUCAAGGAGCCUCUUCAUCAUGUGUCACAUCCCAGUGUUCUGCUGGAUUUCAGCCACUGUUCUAGAGAGACUGUUGAGUGAAGCAGAGAGUGGAGAGAUCCCCAAGACUCUGACUCAAAUGUACACACACUUCCUGAUCAUUCAGACAAACAUCAAACAUGAGAAGGACUAUGAGAAGAAAAGUAAAGACAGAGAUAUGAUCCUCAAACUGGGGAAACUGGCUUUUGAGCAGCUUGUGAAAGGCAAUCUGAUCUUCUAUGAGGAAGACUUGAGAGAGUGUGACAUUGAUGUGACAGAAGCAUCAGUGUACUCAGGAUUGUGCACUCAGAUCUUCAGAGAGGAGUUUGGGUUGUAUCAGGGGAAAGUGUUCUGCUUUGUUCAUCUGAGCAUUCAGGAACAUCUAGCAGCUCUAUAUGUGUACCUCUCCUUUACAAACAACAACAUAAAUGUGUUUGAACAAAUCACCAAACAAAGAUUGUACUCUAAAGUUUUAAAUUUGACAAAACAGAAUCCAUCAAAACAGGUUUCUAUGUUUGACCUGCAUCAGAGAGCUGUGAAUGAGACUUUACAGAGUAAGAAUGGACAUCUGGACCUUUUCCUGCGUUUCUUUCUGGGUCUCUCAUUGGAGUCUAAUCACACUCUCUUACAAGAACUACCGACACAGACAGGAAGCUGCUCCUACAACAAAGAGAAAACAGUGAAGUACAUCAAGGAGAAGAUCAGGAAGAAUCACUCUCCAGAGAAAUCCAUCAAUCUGUUUCACUGUCUGAAUGAACUGGGUGAUGAUUCACUUGUGAACGAGAUCCAAGAUUAUCUGAAAUCUGGAAAAAUAAAAGAAACAAAACUCUCCUCUUCACAGUGGUCAGCUGUAGUGUUUGUGUUGUUGACCUCAGAGCAGAAGAUGGAUGAGUUUGAUCUGAAACUGUUUAUUGGAGCACAAAAUAAAGCAAAUGAAGUUCUUCAGUAUCUGCUGCAUGUGAUUAAAGAAUCCAGAUCAGUUCUGUUGAUGUAUUGUGGUGUCACAGAUGAAGGUUGUGCUUCUCUGACUUCAGCUCUGAGAUCAAACCCCUCACACCUGAAAGAACUGAAUCUCUCAUUUAAUAAACUAAGAGAUUCAGGAGUGAAGAUGCUCUCUGAUGGACUGAAGAAUCCUCACUGUAAACUGGAGAUACUGGUGUUUAGUGAUUGUGAUGUCACAGAUGAAGGUUGUGCUGCUCUGAAAUCAGCUCUGAGAUCAAACCCCUCACACCUGAGAAAACUGGAUCUGUCAUAUAAUAAACUAAGAGAUUCAGGAGUGAAGCUGCUCUCUGAUGUACUGAAGAAUCCUCACUGUAAACUGGAGAUACUGGUGUUGAGUUAUUGUGGCGUCACAGAUGAAGGUUGUGCUGCUCUGACUUCAGCUCUGAAAUCAAACCCCUCACACCUGAGAAAACUGAAUCUGACUGGGAAUAAAAUAAGAGAUUCAGGAGUGAAGCUGCUCUCUGAUGGACUGAAGAAUCCUCACUGUAAACUGGAGAUACUGAGGUUGAGUGAUUGUGCUGUCACAGAUGAAGGUUGUGCUGCUGUGACUUCAGCUCUGAUAUCAAACCCCUCACACCUGAAAGAACUGAAUAUGUCUGGGAAUAAAUUAAGAGAUUCAGGAGUGAAGCUGCUCUCUGAUGGACUGAAGAAUCCUGACUGUAAACUGGAGAAACUGUGGUUAAGUGAUUGUGGUGUCACAGAUGAAGGUUGUGCUGCUCUGAAUUCAGCUCUGAGAUCAAACCCCUCACACCUGAAAGAACUGAAUCUGUCUGGGAAUAAAUUAAGAGAUUCAGGAGUGAAGCUGCUCUCUGAUGGACUAAAGAAUCCUGACUUGAAACUGGAGAUACUGGUGUUUAGUGAUUGUGGUGUCACAGAUGAAGGUUGUGCUGCUCUAACUUCAGCUCUGAUAUCAAACCCCUCACACCUGAAAGAACUGAACCUGUCUGAUAAUAAAUUAAGAGAUUCAGGAGUGAAGCUGCUCUCUGAUGGACUAAAGAAUCCUGACUUGAAACUGGAGAUACUGGUGUUUAGUGAAUGUGGUGUCACAGAUGAAGGUUGUGCUUCUCUGACUUCAGCUCAGAGAUCAAACCCCUCACACCUGAAAGAACUGAAUCUGUCUGGGAAUAAACUAAGAGAUUCAGGAGUGAAGCUGCUCUCUGAUGUACUGAAGAAUCCUGACUGUAAACUGGAGAUACUGAAGUUGAGUGUUUGUGAUGUCACAGAUGAAGGUUGUGCUGCUCUGACUUCAGCUCUGAGAUCAAACCCCUCACACCUGAAAGAACUGAUUAUGUCUGGGAAUAAACUAAGAGAUUCAGGAGUGAAGCUGCUCUCUGAUGGACUGAAGAAUCCUCACUGUAAACUGGAGAAACUGGAGUUGAGUUAUUGUGAUGUCACAGAUGAAGGUUGUGCUGCUCUGACUUCAGCUCUGAGAUCAAACCCCUCACACCUGAAAGAACUGAAUCUGUCUGUGAAUAAACUAAGAGAUUCAGGAGUGAAGCUGCUCUCUGAUGUACUGAAGAAUCCUGACGGUAAACUGGAGACACUGUGGUUGAGAGAUUGUGAUGUCACAGAUGAAGGUUGUGCUGCUCUGACUUCAGCUCUGAGAUCAAACCCCUCACACCUGAAAGAACUGAAUCUGUCUGGGAAUAAACUAAGAGAUUCAGGAGUGAAGCUGCUCUCUGAUGGACUGAAGAAUCCUCAUUGUAAACUGGAUAUACUCUGGUUGAGUGAUUGUGAUGUCACAGAUGAAGGUUGUGCUGUUCUAACUUCAGCUCUGAAAUCAAACCCCUCACAUCUGAAAGAACUGAAUCUGUCUGGGAAUGAACUAAGAGAUUCAGGAGUGAAGCUGCUCUCUGAUGUACUGAAGAAUCCUCACUGUAAAUUGGAGAUACUGGUGUUGAGAUAUUGUGAUGUCACAGAUGAAGGUUGUGCUGCUCUGACUUCAGCUCUGAGAUCAAACCCCUCACACCUGAGAAAACUGGAUCUGUCUGAGAAUAAUCAGAUUGGAGAUUCAGGAGUGCAGCUGCUCUCUGAUCUAAAAGAUGAUCCACAUUAUAAAUUGGAGACACUGUGGUUUUAGAUGGAAGUCUCUUUGAGAACUGAUUGUGAACAGUAAUGAUUGUGAAGAAAACGGAGACAUCACAGUCAACAGAAUCAACAGGGACAAACUGACCUGACACAGUGAUGUGGCGGGUGCACACUUUACGAUUUAUAAUAGUCCUUUAAGACUGUUGCUUGUCAGACUGCACGAUACGAAUGCAUUGUUAUCGACAUGGCACACUGAGCGACAUUAUGUCAGACUGCAUGAUAUAUAUCGUAACUUACUGUGGUCCCAAUCGUCCCAAUCAGUGAGCAUGACUCAUGUUACGGGAGUGUUGCGGAAUAGAAGCGAAAAUGGUGCAAUUUGCCCACCACAGAGGUGCAUUCUUUUUUUUUCUCUGAAAGUCAGGACAUCAGUAUUUCCAUUGCUCCAAUACCACUCCUUCACGAGCACAUGCUAACAUUUACAAGAAAGAUUGAGUUGGUCAAAAUUACCUAUAAUAAGACAGAUGUUGAGAAUGAACGUGAGUGUGGGAGGUUGCCUACAGUAAUAAUAAGAAACCACAAAUUAAGUAUUCAUUGUGGAAAUAAAAAGACUUUUGGCCCGAAAAAUUACAAACUUUGUUUAAAGUAAAUUUAGUAAUUAAAUAGUAAUUCAAAUAAUGUUGUAAAGGAAAUGCAUGAUAAAUGUAAAGAAAAAAUUCAUUUUGUAGCCUAAGCUCUGUAUUUAUUUAAUUCAGAGAAUAAUGCUUUCAUAUUGCUGACGUGUUACAAUUUUCUCAAAGUAUUUUCUGCUUAUUUAUUUAUUAAAACUUUUUAUAUAAAAUGAAAAAAAGAAAAAACAUUGAAAGUAUUUGAGUAGAGUGAUAACUAGCACAGAUUUAGUGCAAAUGCGGGCAGGUUUCUUUCGGGUGCGAGAGAGGAAUGGAAUAUUUCAUCUGGCCAUCGUAAUAGCAGUUACACUAUACGCCUACGAUGCUAAAUUUCAGACACUGCCCAAACUUUGGAGGCUGAAGAUCAUCACAAAGGCUAUUAAUCGGCCAUCUGUGAACAUGAACAUUG